UCGAGAUGAUAUCCUGGCAAAAUUGCCGAACGAUGUGCAAUGCUUGUAUGCGCCAAAAAGUACAUUUGUAGACGAGCUGAUGCUGAAAGCUGCGAAAAUGCUUCGUACAAAUAUUGAAGCAGCGGACGGUGAAAUUAAUCUCGUGCGUUCACGUUACGCGAAAAAUGACACUUCCAAGGUGCUGUGGGCGAUAUUUGAGAUUGAUAAGUUCGCGUAUGGAAAACCGAAAGUCUUAGAAUACAAAAUACGUUCGUCCGAAAUAGGCGAGAAUCGUAUGAUUAUGAUGCACGAGGAAGAGCCCGCCCUAAAAGAUCCGUACGUAUCAAGUGGUUUCAUGGCGCUGCAAGUCGCGAUUGAGAGGUCCUUCGUGGAAAUGUGGACAGAUCCGACGCUCUCGAAGAUCGCUGAUAACCUAACUAUCGGCCGAUUUCCAUUUUACAAAGGAGAUUUUUUAAUCUUACCGUACGCCAUUCGACCUAACAUAAGCAUAAUCUAUUAUAUCAUGGUUAUCGCCUUCCUCUUGCCGCCAGCAGCGACGCUAAGGAAGGCGCUCCACGACAAAGAAACUGGAUUUAGAGGUCUUAUGAGAUUAACAAACAUAUCUUUCGCCAUGUUGUACGUUGGAUGGCUUAAUUACCUUAUGAUCACCCUGUUACCUCUGACGGUUGCAUGCACAAUCCUUCUGUCCCCCGUGUUUUCGGCCAUAAACGCGCUCGCCACCGCUAUAUUUAUUAUAAUGUACAAUAUACUCUCAGUACUCUUCAUGUUCACCGUCGGCACAUUUUUCGACCAUUCUACAAAAGCAUUGCUCACGUCGGUUUUCUUCUGGCUUAUCUUGGGACACUUGACACUCGUUCUGGAUCAAUUCCUGGUAAGAGAAUCUGUCCUGUGGAAGAUCAGUUCACUGAUUCUGCCGCAUAACGGUUUGCUGUAUGGAAUAAUCGCUUUCACGAUCCGCACGGAUUUCGGUGAUUAUGAAAGCGAGGAUUUAAAAAAUAUCUGGCAAAAGACGAAACCGCGCGAUUACAUUGGCCCUAUCUCAUACUUGUGGCCACAAUGGCUUUCUGAACUGAUAACGCUACGAAACGCCCAUGAUAUCAUUCACGUCGCAGAGAAAGUUCCGAUUGGCACAAUUCUAUUUGCAUGGAUGUUGCAUAUUAUUUUCUGGUAUCUACUGGCGGUAUACUUGGACAAUGUUAACCCGGGGAAAUUUGGCAGCGCAAAGCCCUGGUAUUACUUAUGCAAAAAACCUAUAUUUGACAAUGACGAUUUAACGAUCCGAGGAUCAACUAAUUGGUCGGCAGUAGAGCAUACACCAUCAUACAUAAAGUCGUCAAUUCGUGUGAGAUGUGUCCAAAAAGAAUUCGGCAAGAUCGGCGAACGUCUAACAGCUGUAAACAAUGUAACAAUUGACUUUUAUCAUCAAGAAUUCAGCGUCAUUUUGGGUCACAAUGGAUCCGGCAAAAGCUGUUUGUUAAAGAUAAUUAUUGGAAUGUACAAACCGACUCGUGGCUACGUUUACUUGGAGAACAAAGAUUCACCAUAUCCGAUUGGUUACUGCCCGCAGGAAAAUAUAUUGGUGCAUUACUUGACAACGAUACAACAUCUCUAUAUGUUUGGCAUGAUGAAAGGAAUGACUUAUGAGGAUGCUUAUAGGGAAUCACUAAAACUGUUGAAGCAGCUCGAUUUAGAAUACGUAAAAGAUACAAAAGUGAAAUCUUGCUCUUUUGAUACGCAAAGAAGAAUUUGUUUAGCAAUGGCACUUAUCGGCAACACUAAGAUUCUCAUCCUCGAUGAACCUACGUACUGUAUCGACCCCGAACACAAAAGACAGAUAUGGGAUUUACUUUUGGAUAUAAAAAGACAUAAGACGAUAAUAAUGGCAACGAAUUCCAUGGAAGCUGCUGAUUUUCUUGCCGACAGAAUCGCUAUUAUCGCAAACGGAAGGGUCGAAUGUUACGGUUCGAAGAUGUAUUUGAAUCGACGAUAUGGUAUCGGUUAUGUACUAAGUUUAUUGAUACAAGAGGAUUGCAGUGUAGAGAGAAUUCAUAAGGAGAUCCAAGAAUUUUCAGCAGAUCCGAUUACUCUGCGAAGCAUGAUGGGUUUAGUAAUAAGAUUCAGCGUGCCGAGAAAUAGUCGAUUCACUAAAUUGCUACAACAUUUAGAAUCCAAUAAAGAAGAACUGAAAAUCGUGUCCAUUGCAUUGAGUGCUGCCAGUAUCGAGGGUCAACUUCUCAGAAUAGGUUUAGAAAGCCAAUUUAAAGAACGUAGUGUGAAAUUACCCAGCAACAAGUACGAGCUUAUUGUGCAACAACGGCGACGGCACUUGUUGCAAACAGCUGUACCUUGGAAGCGAUUGACCGGCAAUGCUUUACGGCGGCAGCAAGUUCUUGCAAUGUUUUGCAAGAAAUUAUUACACGUUGCUUCCUCCUGGAAAAUAUACGUGUUUUCGAUAACCUUGGCGAUUGUUACUCUUACCGUGACCACUAUGAUCGCCGAAUUAGGCAAUUUCGCCCUCUUCGACACGACCGAGAAGAUAAUGAAUCUGACGAGUUAUAUGGACAACAAUUUUCACGUGUUGUAUUACGCAGCUGAUGACAAGCCCGUGAAAGACUUUCUUAUCACAUUGUACAUCACUGGUCAAGCAUACAGCGAGAGGCAUAAUUAUCACAUUUCCAAAAAUAUCCCAGCCACGGAUCUCAUGGUCCAUCCUGACUUGCACUCGAUAGAGUUUAGGGAUCGUUACGUGAUGUCCAUCGACAUGCACGCGGACGGACAUGUGCAACUUAUGUAUUCGUCCACUGCAGUACACAGCGGCCCAAUCGCAUUAAACUUACUACACAACGCGUUACUGCGUUACCAUUGCGGCUCAGACAAUUGCUGGAUCAAACUGACUAGCCGCCCGUUAAUUCAUCCGGGGCAGUGGCAACAUUUAUUGGUCCACCCGCGCAGUAUACGAAACUGGGAAACCGCCGCAAUAGUAAUAACUUUGUUCCUUCUUCUACCCUCCAUCGACAUGGGAAUUCGAGAACGAAAUACACGCUCAAAAAUGCUGCAGACUAAUGCGAUAGGUGUAUCUACACGAACCUACUGGAUCCCCAUGUAUAUUAUUGAUUUCCUUUUAUAUGCGCUCUCCAUAAUGCUCUUCGGAAUUGCUAUCUUAAGCGUCUAUCGUCGCACGUUGCCCUUCUCGGCUCUGGAGAUUGUUCAAGUGUCAAUGAUAUUCUUAUGUUACGGAGGGUGCGCCAUUCCAUUAGGUUAUUGCAUACAACUUUUCACGAGGAAGCAGGAAAAUGCGUACCUAAUCGUGAUAUUGAUCAAUAUCGCGGCCAUGUUACUGGUGAACGGCUCUAUUAUAUUUCCGUUGGUAUUUCGCGUACUUAGCAGUAGCGGAAGAUACGUGUUCGAAGCUCUUGUACAUAUAUUUCCACCAUACAUUCUAGCUUGUGGUUUAAGCAAUUACAUUAUGCUGAAUUUAUAUAACAGACAAUGUAGCUACUUUAAUACCUGCGAUACAGAAUUUUAUAUUGAAGAUCCUUGUUGUCAAAAUUGUGAAGGCAAAGGUUGUUACAAGCAACUGGAUGUAAUGCUGAUUAAACAAUCCGGCUCUGAGUAUUGUCACUCGGUUAUAGACGACAUACUAUUAAUGGUAUCCCAAAUGUUCGCUCUUUACAUAUUGCUGGAAGUGUUUGAAGAAAAAAAUCGUAGAAAGUGGUACAGUUAUUUUGUGCCCGCCACGAAAGACGAUGAUAUUCUUGAAUCGGAAGUCAUGGAGGAAAAGAAGCGAGUCAAUGAAUAUAUAAAAUACUAUGAUGAAACAAAAUCGCUUCCACCGCGAGUUGCUCUCGCUGUCCAAAAUUUGAGGAAACAAUAUUUUGGAGAAGCAGUGGUUCGAGGAAUCAAUUUUAGUGUCUACAAUCAAGAGUGUUUUGGCUUGUUAGGAUUUAACGGCGCGGGAAAGUCGACGAUAUACAAAAUGCUGGUGAGUCAAACUAAAAUGUCGGCUGGAAAAGCAGUGAUGUAUGAGUAUGAGUUCACGAAAAAUCAAAGGAUGUUUCUAGGUAUGAUAGGAUACUGUCCACAAAUGAAUGGACUGAGCGAUUUUAUGACGGGAAGACAAUACUUGCAGCUUCACGCGGCACUUCGCGGUAUUCCAUACAAGCACAUCAACGACGAAGUAAACAAAUGGCUAGAUGUAUUAGACAUGUUGGACUUUGAGAAUCUGAAAAUCGCCCACUAUCCCUGGGGAGUUAAAAGAAAACUUUGUAUACUGCAAAGUUUUGUCGGUGAUUUGCCGAUGAUAUUCAUGGACGAGCCUUCCGCUGGAGUCGACAUAAUGACUAGACACGCAAUCUGCGAAAUUUUGCAUCAGAUACGGGAGAUGGGGAGGACUGUGUUAAUCACUACGCACAGAUUCGAUUUUGUGAAUUUCAGCAUGCAAGAAGCAGAAGCGGUGUGUUUGCGCGUUGGUAUUGUGGUUAACGGCCAGUUUACCGCGAUCGGAUCUUGCGAGCAGCUAAAGGCCAAGUACGGCCGUAAUUUUAUAUUGAACAUUAAGGUGGUGCCGGGAUACCAACUUGCGACUCUCGAAAGGAUCAAGAAAAUCAUCGAUGAAACUUUUCCAGCAAUAAAAUUCAAAGAUAGUUAUUUGGGUGUUCUUAAAUACGAAUUGGAGAGUGGCAUUUCAUACAGUUACGUGUUUGAUAAACUCGAAAAGUUACGGCAGAGAUAUGUGUGGAUCACAGACUUUUCGGUCGCUCAACCAUCGAUGGACGAGGUAUUUCUGACUUUGGCAAAGAAACAAAGGAAAUCGAAGAAAUUAACACUUUACGAGCGUCUACGUUCGUGGAUUAUACGUAUUAUGCGUCAAAUAUAAAUCAAUUUUGUUAUCACA